GGACAGAAAGGUGACCGUGGAUACCCUGGUUUGCCUGGUAUUGAUGGUUCUAUGGGUCCAACUGGUGUACGUGGACCUCCUGGAUAUGAUGGCUUACAAGGAAUGAAGGGUGAGGAUGGACUUCCAGGAAGAUCAGGUUUCCCUGGUGAAAGAGGAGAUAGUGGUUUAGAUGGUUUACCUGGUAUUGAUGGUGAAGCUGGUCCAACUGGUGAAGAUGGUCGCACAGGACUUCCAGGUUUACCUGGUCUUGAUGGACCAAAAGGACAACCCGGUUUACCAGGGUUGGAUGGUUUACCUGGAGAGAGAGGACAGUCUGGAGAGGAUGGUCUACCAGGAUUACCAGGUCUGAGAGGAUUAAGUGGAGAUAGAGGACUAGAUGGAUCACCUGGGCGAACAGGUGAAUCUGGAUUCCCUGGUGAUGUAGGUUCUGAUGGUUUGCCUGGAAUACCUGGAAGAGACAGUAUUGGCCAGCAAGGUCGUAGAGGUGAAGAUGGUCUACCAGGAUUUGAUGGUAAUCCUGGACUCCCUGGUUUAGAUGGAGAAGCUGGUCGACCAGGGCUUCCUGGUAGAAAAGGACCACCAGGUUUCGAUGGUAUUAGUCGUCCUGGAGAACGAGGAAGACCUGGUGAUGAUGGAUUACCUGGCUUAGAUGGAUUAAGAGGAGACUCUGGUAAUAGGGGUAUUUCUGGAUUACCUGGUUUAGACGGUAAUAAAGGAGAUAGAGGUUAUCCUGGUGCACCUGGUUUAGAUGGUUUGCCUGGUGAGAAUGGUCGAGUUGGCUUGACUGGUGAUGAUGGUAUUGAUGGUAGAUCAGGUAUAAAGGGUAUGGCUGGAGAGUCUGGAUUACCAGGACUUGAUGGUAUUCCUGGUGAAAGAGGACAACCAGGUUCACCAGGUCUUAAUGGGCCAAGAGGAGAUGAUGGUUACCCUGGUUUGAAAGGUUUCCAAGGUCUUCCUGGACCAAAUGACAUCAACAAGCUUCCACCAGGACAGAAGGGUGAGCCAGGUUUGGAUGGCCAGCCUGGUUUCCCUGGACCAGAUGGGCGAAAUGGCCAACCAGGAAUUGAUGGUUUGCCGGGUAGAUCAGGACGAAAAGGUGACCGAGGCAUCCCCGGACCACCUGGAUUCAAGGGAUUUAAAGGAGAUGCUGGUGUUCCUGGUCUUAGUGGCUUAGAUGGUAUGCCUGGUCUUCCUGGUCCACAAGGUUAUCCUGGUGAAAUGGGUAACAUUGGUAGACAAGGUGUUGGACCUGGAAUACUUUUUGCUAGACACAGUCAGACUUCCAAUAUUCCAGAGUGUCCACAAGGAACGUACAAAAUGUGGGAUGGUUAUUCCUUAUUGUAUGUUCAGGGUAAUGGAAGAACACAUGGACAAGAUCUAGGUCAACCUGGAAGUUGUCUUAGAAGGUUCAGCACCAUGCCAUUUAUGUUCUGUAACAUAAACAAUGUGUGUAAUGUAGCAUCUAGAAAUGAUUACUCAUACUGGCUAGCUACCAUGGAACCAAUGACACCUGCCAUGGAUCCAGUAAAAGGCAACCAAAUUCGUCCAUAUAUCAGUAGAUGUGUUGUGUGUGAGACACCCACACCAGUUGUAGCUGUACACAGUCAGACUAUGAUAAUACCAGACUGUCCUGCUGGUUGGAACAGUGUGUGGAUUGGUUACAGUUUUGUAGUAAAUACAGGAGCAGGAUCUGGUGGAGCUGGUCAAUCCCUUGACUCUCCUGGUUCCUGUUUAGAAGAUUUCAGGUCACGACCAUUCAUUGAAUGUCAUGGUCGGGGUACCUGUAAUCAUUACGCCACCAGCUACACCUUCUGGUUGGCAACCUUAGAGCGUCGAGAACAAUUCGGAGCGCCACAAGCAGAAACAAUAAAAAGCGGUGAUUUGAGACGACGUAUUAGUCGCUGUCAAGUGUGCCGAUUAGAUCGUAGAAGUAGACCUGCAAGUUUUAGAUUUAACAAUAAUAAUUUCAAUGGUUUUAAUUAAAAAAAUUCACUUUAAUUUUCAAUUUAUUUGGACAAAAUACUGUGAUCUCUUAUUAUUUCUUUUUUUGGUUAAAAAAAGACUGAAAAGUUCUAAUUUUUAGGGAUACACAUCAUAAAUUGUGCCAAAAGUUUAAGAUUUUAUUUUAUGUGCCUUGUAACUAGAACUCCAUUAUGGUGCUAUGACGAUUGUUUUUAAAUGUUUGUUUGUGUACAUUUUUUACAAUUUUGCACUGAGAGCAAAGUUGUCUUUUUUUAAACUAGAAAAAUUUUAAUGUAGCUAUUUGUAUAGAUUAUAAAUACAUGUACACUUUUUACUUACAUACUUUGUAAUCCAAUAUUUUAAUACUUCUCAUAUUCAGUGUGAACACUGCCAUUUUGGCAAGGCUAUGAUGAUUUUUAAUUGUGUUUCAGUGGACUAAGAUCGUUUUCAUGUUUCUCAUGAUCAUUUCCAGCAAGGAAAAUUCCAUGAAACAUAUUUUAAAAAUAUCAUGGCCUUAACUAAAAAUGUGAUACAGCCAAACCCUGCCUUUGAUUCUUGUUGCCUUUUAAAAAAAGUUCAUUUUAUUUGUAAUAUAUAUUUUUGAUCCCUCCAAGUCUAAUGUGCCAAAUGUCUUGUAGAAGAAUUGUUUUUUUUAGCAAUUUAGUGCCUCUUUUUGCAUUCAUUUAAAUUUUCAUGGAUGCAAGGAUAUUCUUGAAUUGUGCAAUAAUCAUAACUCUGUAAAUUGUCCUUCAAAAUCAAUUUAAAAUUUCAACAAAAAAUAAUUUAUGCAAAAUCAGAACAAGUAGGAGUGACUUUAGUUUUCAGUUUCAGAUCAGAUGAACUUUUAUUUAGCCACUUCACCAUUUUAAAAUCUGGUAAACCUGAAUUAUAAAUUAUCUUUAAAUCACAUGAAACUUAAAUUUGAUUUGUUGCAUCCUUUGUAGAAUUUGGAAGAUUAUGUGACCAUCUACAGAUACUACCUGAAAAUUCAUAUAUUUGCUGAGCUCAACACUUGUUUAUGAUUAUUUGUAAUAAAUAUAUAUUGUGUCAAUAAACAUCAUGUCACAACGAUUUAAUUUGUAAUCGACACCACAUUACUUUCAAUUGAAUCCUACCACUCCUGCAAGUUUUUCAUCUAUUUAUCAUAUUCUUUGAAAACACUUAGGCAAGUUCAUUUGUAAAUAAAGGUUGUCGCUUGUC